GAGGUGGCAAGCUCAUCAACCGCGUCGACGAAGGACCGACGAACGUGACGUACUUUAACCAGAGGCUCGAGGUCCCUGCCAUGAAAUCAAACACACUGAUACUGUCGAUCUGAACGACGUCAACGAUUCACAUGGUGGCGGUAGCACUACUCAGCUGGCAUGAUGCAGUCGUGGAACAAGCUUUGUAUCCAGGGAGGAUUCAUCGAAGUGGCGGCCAAGCUGCCCGGCGCCAUCAACAACGUCCCGGAUGAUGUCCACGAGAGCGUCACGACAAAUCCGAACGCGGUCGGCGAGUUCUGGAAGGACGGCGUCAAAACGAAACUCACGUCAGGAGACCGCAUCAAGGACGGCGCGUACUACUUGACAUGGCCUGGCAUUUGGCUCCUCGGGAACCUCGGCCGCGCACUCUAUUCGGCCUCGACCACGCGCAUGUGGCCAUGGACGUACAACGAGUGCAACGGCGACUUGUCACCCCAUCAAGCGAUCUCCGCAUGCGACCCGAAUCCUGGGUACGGGCUCAAUCCGAACCAAGGCCGUGGCGUGCCGGAGAUGGACAUUUUGGAAGGCGACGGGGCAGCCAUCUCGUCGUCGAUUCAAAUCGCACCCGGCAUGCCAGACAACUACCGUCGCUUGCCCGUUCAAGAGCCAGAUUUGACGUGCCAUAGCCACUCGUUUUUCGUCACGAAUGGCUGUGUAUGCAGCAAGAACUAUCACACGCUAUUCUGGGCGUAA